GGGGAAAUCACAACAUUUGCAGACGCGAGCUCAUAGUUCACGACAACUGCUGGCUUCCAAUCAGUGAAUGUGCGAUCGACAGGGGAGUCAAAAUGUCGAGAAAAUGCUCGUUGCUGGCUGUCGUGUGUUUUUUGAUCUCGGAUGGCACCCUUACCACCUGUGAACAUGCCUCCGCGCAUCCGCUUCUGAUCGACGAACUCACAUUGGAAUUUUUGAAAUUGGAAGAUGAAUUGUGGGACACUGUGCUCAACAAACAUGGGAUGAACGAGAUUGAUUCGGCGUCUAAUAUCGUUAGACAGUUCCAUGAAUUUGACAAAAAGUUGCAGCAGAUGCCACAAGAAAUCUUAUACGGGCUGCAAGUACCAAAAAAAACGGACCCUUUCGUCGAAUUUUUCUCUGAUGUCCGAGUUAUCCACGAUGCAUACGAAAAAUUCAGGAGAUACCAGGAACAGUACCUGUUACCAUCUAGAAAAUACUACCAAGAUGAAAGGAGGCAAAUCAGCGUCAACAACAUGAUCCAUCACAUUUUGUACGACGAAAAGAAUAACAUCAACAGAACUAUUCAAUCUGCCUUCGAUCAAUUGUAUGGCAGUUCUAGCAUGUUGGGGGAAAUCUUGGAGAUGACAAUUACCCAUGAUUUCAUGUGCAAAAGCCACCACCAGUCGCCGCAACAAGUAUUUUACAAUUUUUAUAACAAAAUGGCGCUGAUUCAGUUGAAAGGAAAUAUGCUGCUACAAUUUGCUUAUUUGGCACAACGCUUGCAGGAAAAAGGUAAUAUCAUUACCAUUGUUUAUCUAAAUGAAUACUUUAUAUUGUACCAGUUGGUAAACUAUACGGGAUUGAUUAGAAUAUGCUAGUAAUCACUUAAAUUCAUACAGAUCAACAAAAAGUAGGAAAUAGCAAUGUUGAACAGGUGACAUUUAUGAAAAUAUAUGGUUUAAAUGCCACUUCGCCACCCUAACAUCUUGAGCGGAAAGUGCUGUCAUCCGCUACGGUACAAAUCGGAUUUAUCGUACUGGCAAUGAGUCUUCUCGUUCUAACCGUAUGAAGGCAAAUAUCAUGGUUGACUAAAAAAAAUCACCAAGAAACUAUACACAUUUCAACUUUCAGACAAUCACACAAGUGCGGGACUGCUGGCUACAAAAAAAUUCAGGGAGAUGUUCAAUACUACGUACACAUUCAUGUCAGGAGCCAUGGCAAUAUCCCAUAGGAAAAUAUGGAGGUGCGACCCAAAAAAGCAUGAAUUAGGAGUAACCUACGACAGAUUAACUCGGCUGCUGCAAGCUCACAUCCAGAACGAAGCCGAUUUGAAUAAAAGACGCAGCUGCGUCAACACCUGCGAAGACUACUCCGAUACAACCAGCUUCGGUUGCUACGAUUCUAAAAGCGAGUACUGCCAGAAAGCGGAGCCCUGUAAGGGGCGCCUAAGAGAUUGCAGGAUGGUAUCUAAGGGCAUGAAGGCUUGCAUAGAUAAAGAACCAGGUCAUAGAAGGUACCACUACAUAGAAUACGACGAUACAGUCUUGGGAAAGAAAACAUGGUGCCAAAAGAAAGAUGCCAGGAGUUGGAUAAGAUGGUUUGUAAGAUGUGCGUACUGCCUUUGUACUUGUGAUGAACAAGGGCCCUAUUCCGACAGAUAUUUCAGUCUAAGACCCGUAAUUGCAGACACUGAAAAUAACAGGGUAGUAACCGGGAUCAGGUUCGUGAAACAUAAUCGUAUCAUCCAUCUGCAAAUUCAAGAAGGCAAACUACUUCCUUACGGUUACAUCGACAACUCUACCGUUCACUGGGUACCAGUCGGCGAUUUCAAAAUUACCGACUCAGACGUCAAAAGCGGUGAAGACUAUCACACAAUGACAUAUGAUACCAGGUCGAUGUCUCUAGAUGAUCUGUCACCUACCGAGUCGAAUACGGUAAUCACAGGUGUUAGAUUUGAAUAUAUGGCAGACAUGUUACGAUUCCAGAUCGAAGUGAGGCCAUUCGAUUUCUUAACUGGCAAGGUUUCACAAGAAGGAUCAUACUAUGUCUAUGGAUCUGGAUACAGAGAGCGGAUUGUCUUUGACCAACCCGACAUCCCUACACUCUCAGACUCGCCAUCAAACCCCAACUUUGAUCCUCAACGUUACAUUGAUUUCGACCGCACCGAUUUGGCGAAAGAUGCAGGUCAAACUACCAUCCCUUAUUUUGACAUCCAGCCUGUUUUCAACGUCCCUGCCGUUCCCCUGACGGGUGCGGGCGUCUUCUAUAAGGGAAGAAAGGGAUACGGAGGCUUUGUAGCGCCCAAAAUCACCACCUACAACUAUGCGAAUCAUUUCAAUUUGGAAAUACCCGAAGCACCUCAAAGAAAAGAUAUUAAUGUGAACGAAUAUGUACUUGUCAACUGAAUGCCGAGGCAUAAACGAACUGAAAAAAUAACUGAUAUACAUAGUGUGGAAUUGUAGUAUUCAUUUGCAAUAGAUAGUUUUAAUUUUUUUAUAAUUCCUUAUAAUCAAUAAAGAUCGCAGUAACUUAUUUCGUCAUUUCAACUUCCCGUGACGAUAGGUGAGGGUAUUAGCUUUUUAUAAAAAAUCGCUAGGCUAUCCCAAUUCAGCAAUUUACGGCGGACCCAGGAUUUGUGUCGGGGGGGUGGAGGGGGUGGGGGUUCCCAUUGUCAGAGAGAGGGAAAUCAAAAAAAUGAUCGACGAAAAAGCUGCUGACUCGCCACUGGAAACACACGAAAAACAUCGAAUAAAUUAGUAUGAAGUUUUGGAUCAAUGAGUAACGAAUUGCAAGAACGUGCUGAAGGAUUUCGUGAAGUGUUUGGUUCUUUGAUGCUAGAUAAAUUAGUCAAUCUAAAAGAAAACGAAUUAGAAACCAGCGUCACAUUUGAUGGAAAUGUGUUCGUAAUUUUUCACUACAGAUCUAAAAUAUGAAUUAGCCAGUUUUAAGAGCAUUUAUUUUUCAGAAAAUCGUAAUUUUUCUAAUGACAGCCCGCUAGGUUAUUUCAUGAUU